GUGAACGCGGUGCUGGUUGGGAUCUGAUCCGAGAUCAGCCGCGGCAGCUCGCGCCUUCCCGCCGGCUGACCACGUGUCUCCGUCCGGCCUGCUGCUGCCAGCGGGACCCAUGUGGCGGAGCAACAUGGCGGCGCCGGAGAGGGGCGAAUGGAGCGAUUUAACUACCGGCAACAGCGGAUGUCCGGCCCGCGGCCCCCUCAAUGAGUUGGUCCUGAGCAGAAGUCACGGGGAAAGCGUGGAGCGCUCCAUCUUGGCCAUCUUUGAAGACGCCACGGUGUCGUCAGAGAGCACUAAUGCUGCAGAGGAGGGAAGUGAGAGCCUGCUGCGCGCCCUGACCGAGAUGCUGGACAGAGUGGGGCAGGAUGGAGACGCUGAUGAGAUCUUCUCCCCGUUCGACGUCCUGCCGAACACUGACCUGCUGCGCCACGCCGAGCACAAAGACGAGCCGCGCCUUCAGGAACCUUCGCCUGCUCACAGACUUCGACCGAGGCCCAAGCCGCCGAACGAAACCGCGACGACCCGUCCAGAUGGGAAACAGAAAGCAGCGAGGCGCGGUCCCCCCCACACGUUUAAGAAACACAACCAGACGUCGUCGUGUUCCAAAACCACGAGGCCGAAGGCCGAUGUGCAGGUUUUCACCUCCACGUCCCUCGUCAGCUUGGUGAAACUCAUGCAUCCCUAUUGCCUGAAGCUGCGCGUGGGGAAGGAGGACGAGCCGCGGGGGAACAAGUCCCCGUUCGCCCAGGAGGAGGUGUGGCGGUAUGAACGGCCCUCCGAGGAGAGCGACGAAGAGAUAAACGUCGUGUCUGAGGACGAGGCGCCUGUGAAAGGGACACAGGAGGAGGAGGAGGAGGAGGGUGGAGGAAGAGGGAGCGGCUCGCCGCUGAAGAGCGUGCUGCUGAAUGGAAAACCUUCCAGAGAGAAGAAGAGGGUGAGCUUUGGUCCGGUUCACGUGGCUUCGUUCGACGAAUCAGAGGAGGACGACUUUAAGGGGGGAAACCUAAACUCAAGCGAAAGCGUUCCAACCCAGGAUGAUCCAUCGGGUUCAGCACCUCCACCUUCAGCUCCGCCCUCAGAAAGAAGGGAGGGCGUCGCCCAGGAGAAGAAAGGGGAGAAAAAACCAAAGUCGCUGAGCCUGCAGGAGUACAGGCAAAUUCGGUUUACCAGAGGACCCCCGGUGGAGAGACAGGGGAACUACAGCACCAGGUGGCCGCGCCUGUCCGAGCUGCCCAAAGAGCUGCCCCCCAUCCUGAUCCUCUGCGGACCAAACGCAGCACCUGUGGUCCGGCGUGGUCCAGCACCUGAACCCAGAACCUCCCCCGCCGCUCCGCUGCCUGACGCCGCCUCCAAACGCGGCGCCGGUAACCCGGAGAGCGGGAAAAGUCCAGCGAAGAGGCCGCAGCGUCUGAGUAGCGAUCCUCCGAACCCGGUCCUCGUCCCCCUGCCGGCUCCUCAGACGCUCUCACCCCCCUCAGAGCCUGUCGGCCUGCACAGCAGCAGACACCCACAGGACAUCCUGAAUAAAUCCUCCGCUGCACCUCCUGUGAGAUCCUCAGAACCAAAGCCUCGAGCCUCCCCUCUAGAAAAGGACGUUAGGGAUAUAAAGGCCAAGCAGGCUGAGCUGGCUCCACACGUCUCCUCUGAAUCUCCUCGGGGAUGUGGGCUGGGCCGAACAGAGGCGGCAGAGCAGUCCUCUGGUCCGGAUCCAGGGAGGCGUGUAGAGAGCCGCUCCCUAACACCGCCCCUCAGCCAGCCUCCGUCUCCCACAGAGGCUCACAUGAUGCCAAAGGAGGAGUCUCCAGACUCCACACGACGUCCUGAGGAACCAGAACCUCCUCAGUCCCGCUGCCGGGAGGACCGUGCUGCUUCUGGAUCAGGCAUUGAAGCCGCUGACCUGACCAGCCUGCUGGAGCAGUUUGAGGAAACACAAGGUGAGGCGGCAGCUUCACGGCUGUGCUCAGUCUGGGAGGUUACAUGUUCAUUUUUAUACUAUAAAAGAAUAAAUGUGAUUCGAUCAUGAGGAAAAAGGCUUUUU